CGACAAUGUUUCAAAACACAAAAAUAUGAAGAGAAUUUCAAUUAAAAUGAGCAAUUGAAGUUAUGGUUUCAGACUAUCAGUGUCGUUAAUCUUCGCCGAGCAAAAGCACGAAUAAGCGUUUCAGUGUCAUUUCGACAUUUGGAUGGUUCGUUUCCUGGGUCUCGUUACUCGGUUCCUAGGGCUUCCUGCUCAUCAAUAUCAGGGAAAGUCCUGGAUUUCUUAUGGUCUUAACUUGGCUUUGGCUAGAAAAGGUGUAAUUGUGAAUGACAAAGUUUUUAAAAACUUGACAAUUUCUGAACUACAAAGAAGAGGUGCAACUAUUCAAGAUUCCUUAUCUGGAAUUCCUGUGUAUAUUAGGGGGAAUCUUUUUGUACAAAAAUCAGAAAUUACCAAAGCACAAUUCAGUAAACUACUGAAACAGGUGACUACCCACAUAUCAUCUGUCUCAGAUAUUUUUGUUCAUGAUGGUGCUAUUGGUUCAACUUCAACUUCAACUUUAACUUCAAUUUCAAUUUCAACCCUACAAAUUGAUGCAAAAGUUCGGGUGAUUAGUGAUAACCCUACAGCUACAUGUGUAUUUCAUAAUAUCCUCUUUCAAACCCCUACACGUGCAGUUUCCCAUGAUUCUUGCCCUCUUACUGUAUAUGUUGCCUCAUCCAUAAGCUUGAAUGUUUUGGAUGCCCUUGGUCUUGGAGGUGAAGUAAAAGAUGGGCUUAUUGCUGCUGAUGCUGACCUGUCAUAUUUAGUUUUAUGUGGUAAAGCUUUUUGUGAUGCAAAUGGUAUUAAAAAAGCACUUUCCGCAUUAUCUGAACCAAUUAUAAUAUCUAGAGGAGGCCUUCUUCUACAUCCUAGAAUCCUGCUCUCUUGUGAUCGUGUAUUUCUUAUGUUCCUUUCAGAAGACACAAUUAAAAGAAGCUUAAAACAUAUGGUUACAGAUCAUGGAGGGGUAAUAAUGUCUUCUGCUCAUAAUGCUUCAACAUUAUUCCCAUCUGCAAAUCCAGAAAAUCAGUUUCUAUCAAAAUUUCCAGCUUCAAUGAUUCUUUCAUCAUCCGAUAGUUCAGGUGUUAUUCCUACUAUCUCAAAACUCUCUCAUGGUCAAGCAGCUUAUCAUUUUCUAGCAGGAUAUAAAAAUGGGACAUUUAAUCCUGCAUAUGGGAUGACUUCAUAUUUUUGUGAUCCAUUACAGAUUGCAAAAUCUCUUUUCUCAAAGUUGGUAGAUAACCGAAUUCCUUCAUUCCUGAUUAAUGUAAAUCAAGGAGAGAAACAAAUAUCUGGCAUGGAUUUUGUGAAUUUGGUAGAAUCAACUCAACACAAGAAUAUUCCAAAAUUUGAAUGUAAAGGUGGAGACCUUCGACGUAGAUAUAACAAUUUUUUAUCCAACAAGUUUGGAAAAUUACCUCAACAUUUUUCUUUUUAAGAUUAUAUAUUCCAUAAUCCUUUAUAUUUUUAUUAUUCUUUUUUCUUUUAUUCCAUCAUGUACACCAAACGAGUAGUGGAAUAUGGAAGAGUCAUGGAGCUUGACUUUUUGGCAUUGAAAUUAAUGCUGACUGAUUAGAUUGGCUGUAUUUUUUUAAUUUGGGUCAACGAUUUUGACUUGUUUUAGAAGGAAUGGGGCCCACACCCAACUGUAUUAUGCAUAACUCGGUAUGCGUAC